AUGCUCAAACUUUUGUUCAGAGUGGUUAGACCUGGUAUGGUUUGGAUACGACCAGAAUAUCUACUUCUCGGCCAACCAUUUUGGAGCGUUGAACAAGAAAAUCAAUACUUUGCUCUUCAAAGAAGAAAAGGUCAUGGUACCAAAGGAUUUUCCUCAGUUCUUGUAGCUACUAUUGACUCAGUUUUCGACACUCGACCGGCUCCCUACCGAAUUAUCUAUAAAUACGAAAAUGACGAUGUACAAAUUGCUAUUGUUAUUGCUGUUGCUAUUCGUAAGAACGAAAUACUUGAACACUGGACUUGGAUAGAAAAGAACAUAAUGCCUACAGUAGGGUCAUUUUCGGUAGAAAGGGAUGUCAGAGCAUUUGUGCUUUGCAAAGUGGAAAGUUUAGUUCAUAUAGAAGCCGAGUCUUCCACAACAGAAGAACUUGACUCACUAUCAACGCGUUCAGUUUUCCAUAAGUUCAUCACACUGUUUUCGUUGCCUGCAGAUGAGAAAUUAGUAAAUUAUUAUAGUUGUUGCUACUGGAAAAAUCGUUUUCCCAACCAAGGACAAUUAUUUUUGUCCGUGAAUUUCCUCUGUUUCUACUCCUUCGUCAUAGGGAAUGAAGUGAAGAUCAAGCUAAAAUGGACAGAUAUCACGAAGCUUGAUAAGGUUUCUACUCUUCUUUGGCCUCAAAGUCUUCGGGUGGUUACUCGCCAAGAAAGUUAUGAGUUUUCUAUGUUCCUUAAUUUUGAGGAGACUUUCAAGCUAGCAUCGCAACUCGCCAACAUAGCCAUGAAGCAACUAAUCGAAGAAGAAGGAUUUUGUGAAGACACUGCACUUCUUCAAAAAGCACUCUCGGAGAGCGAACGAAAGCGCGCACAGAAAACGAGAGCCUCGUUUCUGAAACGAGACCUUGAUGCCAGGCAGCGAAGUGAAAGCUACAGAUGUCGCUUUAAUCUACCACAUUCCGAAAAGUUGGAUGGAGACAUUGAAUGCCGUCUGUUUACGCCGUACGAUCGUCGACAUGUCAUCGGUCGAUUGUAUCUUUCGGCUCAUUUUGUCUGUUUUGCGAGUCGGACUGAACGGCUUGUUUCGAUUGUGAUCCCAAUUGUGGAUGUGUCUAGCGUAGAGGAGUGCGUUGCAGCUUAUGGAGAAAAUCUCACAAGAGGCUCUGGAUUACUUAUUUGCUUGCAAAAUGGGAGUACGGUCGUAUUCUCUUGGGUCCCGGACAGAGAUCGCGUUCUUGCAAAGAUUACUACGUUUGCGGAGAGGUUCAGGAUCCAAACCGCCAUGAAGAAGAUGGGGAGAAAGGAGUCUCCAGUGAAACUUGACUGCUUGGAUUAUCCUCUCAUUAGUAAGUAUCCAUGUGGUGCCGAUACUGAUGAAAUAUGUAAAGAAAAAUGGGGGCGUCUAUUCGAUGAGUAUGGUAGAGGAACCACUAUGUAUCGUACUGUUGAGCUUCAUCGAUUACUCCUAGAAGGGGUUCCAAUCGAUCUUCGUGGAGAGGUUUGGAUGAUCUGCUCAGGAGCAAGAGCUGAAAUGGAACUUCAUCCAGGAUAUUAUGAAGAAUUGUUGAGAAAGCAUGAAUCAGUUUACACUAUAGCUUUAGAUGAGAUUGAGCGGGACUUGUAUCGAAGUUUGCCUGAACAUCCAGCAUUUCAAGAUGGGGAAGGAAUCGAUGCGUUACGCAGAAUUUUGACCGCCUACUCAUUCCGAAAUCCUAACAUCGGAUACUGUCAAGCAAUGAAUAUAGUAAGCUCUGUGUUACUGUUGUACGUGAAAGAAGAGGAAGCCUUCUGGUUACUAGUUGCUAUCUGUGAACGUUUACUCCCUGAUUAUUACAAUAACAAAGUGGUUGGAGCUCUAGUCGAUCAAGGUGUUUUCUCUGAACUCGUUGAACGCUCACUACCAAACAUUAGCGCUAAACUUUCUGAACUUGGUUUGGGUGACAUGGUCGCGUUGUCCUGGUUCCUAACAAUUUUCCUCAGUGCCAUUAAAUUUGAUGCUGCUGUGAGGAUAUUGGAUCUGUUCUUUUAUGAAGGAGCCAGACUAAUGUUCCAAGUAGCAAUGGAAAUGUUACGAGAAAAUGAAGCAAUGAUUUGUAAUUCAAAAGAUGAUGGUGAGACACUGAUGGCACUAUCUGCGUAUGCAGACUGCAUCCAUGAAGGUUCAUCUCAGGAUGGUGGAAAGAUUUCUGUUGGUGCUCUCCUGACUGCAUCGUAUCGAGACUUUGGGUAUUCUUUUACCAACGAGCAAAUAGAGCGGCUUCGUUUGAAACAUCGUUUAAAAGUGGUACAGACAUUGGAGGAUAGUCAAAUGAGAAGCAUUAUAAGAAGCGUGGGAAAAGAGUGCAAAUUCACUAUUGAAGAUCUGGAGACUCUAUACAAUAUAGUGAAGGAAGAACAUCUCCUCUCAUGGCGCCUUCGAAUUGGAGUGACAGCAAGAUGUCAGGCUGCUUCACUUACUGAAAGGCCUAAACCUGAUCCAUGUGCUCAGUCACAGUACAGAUUGGAUUAUGACUUAUUCUACGAGGUGAUGAGACGCCUGCUUCCAUGGCCAGUAACCACUAACUUCGUUGUUCGACUGUUUAGGCUCCUUGAUGUCUCUGACAGUGGCUUGCUAACUUUUCGAGAUCUAGCCUUAACGUUGUCGCUUCUGUUACUUGGAGAUGCAACUGAAAAAUUGGCGGUGAUCUAUAAGUGUCAUAUUCCCCCUGCGUUCAACGUUGCUGAUCUUGAUGAUAUAGCUUCCAUGGAAGAUGUUCGUGAUGGAUGGCUAGUCGUUGAAGGUGAAACACCCGAAGUUGCUGUAGAUGCUAUGGAUAUGUUAGACCCGCCUUCGUCCACAAAUACUUCAGUAAAUAGCACUCCAUCGAAAUGUGGGGAUUCUAGUGACAUUAGCACGGUGACCAGUGCAGUUGUUGUGGAUAACCCGAAAUCCAGUGCUUCAUCACUGCUUGACUUGAUUGCCGCUAGGUCAUGUGGAAGUGAUCCGUCCGAUUCCAGUCAAGACCAAAUUCAAGUUGCAGACGAAGCGAGUGAAGAAUCUGUUUCCCUCAUAGAGGAUUCUAUAAACAAAUUGCGGAGUCUACGCGCCACGCUUGUGUCACCUGGAGCAGCGAACACACGUCUCGAGAUUAAAACACUUCCGCCGAUGAACCAGGUCCAAUUCAUUCAACUUUGGAAGACGUUAUACGACAUGUUGAAUGCAAACGACAUGGAUCAACAACUGUUUCACUCUCUGGCUGUUGUGGGCACUCUUCUCUUCCAACUCGGCGAAACACAUCGAGAACUGAGAGCUAAAUUGGAGGCGGAAAUUGCGGAUGCAAUUAAGGAAGAUAGUGACAGUUCUGCCGAAAUGCCCACAUUGACCGAAUCAAAACAGGAAGACGCCGAACUAUCGGAACAAGAAGACCUCUGCACCGCUCAAAGGAGACGCAUUGCCGAAACUAAAACUGGGGUGGACGAAAACGAAUGGCAGAUCAAUUUUGAGCAAAUUCUCGCCUCGCUUCUCAGUGAGGUGCCACUGGCGAAUUAUUUCGAGAGGAAGUACCCUCUACAAGGACUCGUCCGAAGAUAUCGAAAAACGCGUUUCGACUCGACGAGAAGUUCCGAAUCAAAUGGCUCUCAACACUAA